AUGAAUGAGAAAAUCAUAGAAGACUGUACAGCUUACGAAGUGUAUACUUCUCAAAGAGUACUAGAAAAAAUUCCGCUGGAAAUGUUAGUGAAUCCAAUAGUAAAAAAGUUGGAGAACGGUAAUUCAACAGCACAGCAAAUUUGGAUCGAUACUUCAACGUUCAAUCGUGCGGUCCUGCAGGAUUGCAUUGCCAUCUCCACGGAAAUCGAGCGCCAGAAACAGUUAAACAAAUCUCAACACCGCCUCAAUAAUCCAACACCACUGGACGCCACUAUGAUUCAUGAGCACGAUUUUGAGUGCCCAUUGGAGAACCACCGUUUCUUAAUGGCGCUUGAAGACGAGAACUUAUUUGGCCCACGCCUAAUUACUGAUCUGGAUGCAUCACUGAGCAUUGAGAAUGUCAAUGCAGACUCCGGAUCAUCGGGCGUUGUUACUCCCACCAAAUCACCUUGCACGGGCGCUGUAGCAACAGCAAUCGCAAGUUUACACACACAAAUGUCUAAGUCCUUUGGUUCACCGCCUCCACCGUAUCAGGAUGUCCUCUCACCCAUAUCAUGUUGCGAAAGGGCAGAGCCAGAGGUACCCACAAGCAGCACCAAAGAACUGCGAAAAAAAUAUGAACAGUCUGUGGGUGAAGAGCAAGAGCUGCAAAAGGAGGCGGAUAAACCGAAGAAUCAACGUAAGUUUCCACCUCCAGCACAGCCAACGACAACGUCAAAAGCUCAGAAAUCACAAACUCUUCCACGCAACUCGAAGGUUAAGCAAUUGGCACAAAUGUUCAACUCCAAAAUAUCCCAAUUGAUGGGUCAUGGCUCAACCGAGAAACAAGAUUCUAACUCGUCGAUUGCAUCGCAAAAACCAUCAAAGAAACCAGCCGUGAUGAAGCCCGUACCAACGGUGCGUAGCUCUUUGUCCACCUCUAACACUAGUUUGCCAAGUCCAGCAGGCAGUGACAGUGAAAAGGCCUGUAUUGUCGCUGAAGAUGUUUUCCGUCAGCUCUCUGUGAAGGAUAAAGUUUUGCUGUAUAACAAAUUUAUUGAAGACACGUCGAAGCAGUAUCCACAAGUCGGUAUGUAUACGCGCGUGGUCGAGAUUACCGUGCGGAACGAGUUGGCACGUAUUGAGAAAGCUGUGACAUCACCCAAAGUCAAGGAGAUUGCAAGUGAAUUAGAAUUGAAAUUAAAUUUAUCCACACCAAGGAUAUCAACAUGGGGCUUGAAGGUAAUGCAGCCUGAAUACGACGCAGUCAAACGACGCACUUCACCUGCAUCAACACCCGUUACUGCCGCCGCCACCACACACAGACAAGAAAAGGCGAACGAAGCGAUCAGCGCAGCUAUCGAAUCAGAUGAGAAAGCAAAAGUUGAAGAGUUGCAUACUGGCAAAUUGGCAGUUGUGCUCAGGCCGAGUCCAGAACGGGGUGCUAAUUUGCCAAAGCAACGUGUUCCACUACGCCCACUGCCACGUAAAAUACGCGAACAACGCUUCGUCAAUGAUAUGAAAAUCAUAGAGCGCGUACAAAAACGCUGCUCAAAAUCUUCCGAUACGUACGGACCACCAAAGAAAAUACAACGCACUUGGACCGAACGCUUCCAACCAAAGGAGAUCUUUCGGAAUAUGCAGAUGGAAACUAUGUUCUACGAUUGGAUCAUGGAGAAAUAUGGUGUCACUUUCGAUAUCACCACAGUAGAAAACAGCGAGGAGUCUUUCACAAAUGCUGACGAAGCGAAUACCUCGAAAAGUUCUGUCAAAUCGAAAUCGAAGGUUUUUAGGUUAUUUGGAAAGGCGAUGUCGAAAUUGGAAAGCGUAGAAUCGCGAUUAAUGCGACGAGACAGUAUUGGAGGAAAAAAUAUUGAUAAAUCAUUAAAAAUAAUUAAUGAGACCCCGGAACAGCAGAACACUAAGAAAAGUGCAAUUGGGGUUAAUUUGCCAAUUAACCAAAUCGGCACUUCCAUCGAUGGGAAAAUUCCACAGGAACCCUCCAAACGAGGCCCACGCAAGGUGAAGCGUCAGGCACCACAACCACCCACGGCAAUUAAUGAGGCCCGAGAACAGCGGGACGCUAACAAAAGUGUAAUUGAAUUUGAAUUGCCAAUUAGCAAAAUAGGCUCCUCCAUCGAUGGAAAAAUAACGAAGGCUCCCUCCAAUCGAGGCCAACGCAAGGUGAAGCGUCAGGCACCACAACCACCCUCGACAAUCAAUGAGACCCAAGAAAAGCAAGGCACUGAUACCGAUCACAUUACAAUACAAAUUGAAGAACCCAAAUAUGCAGCACCCCAGAAGGAGCGACAGGCGUCACAGCCCCUCACAAUAGGACCGAAAACUGCUAAUUCACAACCACAGGCGCAGAAUUUGUCUACAGUGACAUCUUCCAACAACAAGUUACCCAACAAUGCGGUAAUGAACGCCAAUAUUGGUCAGAAUAUUAAAAUAUCUCAAAUAAAUCAAAAGAUUUUCAACGAAAUGGUUAAGUCCGCCCGAAAAGCUUUUGAACUCGAACAACAAAAAGCGAAGAUGGGCGAAAGCAUCUUAAAUAAUAUGAAUUUGUCGGGAAGGAUUAAAGGUGGCUACAAGCUCAGCACCCUAUUAACGCCCCCGCCCACCCCUUAUAAAGCAAGACCAUUACCAAGUACACCUGAAAUGGUAGGCAAAAGUGGCAUGGGCCAAACAUUUUUCACUUCUCCAUCAAAGGUACAAAAAGAGAUGAAAACAAAGUCAGCUCCGGAGAAGGUGCUCAAUUCAAAACCAACAGAAGCUAAGCAUUCGUCCGAGGGAAGAACAUCACCAGAAGACACAUUGCAGAAUCUUAUAGAUACCUUCAUUGAUCUUGGCUUUCAGACGGGUACAAAUGAUAGGAAAAGUCCUUAUUGUUCAGUAAUCAGAAGUUAUUCACCGCUUUUCUUCAAAUUAACUCCCGAACCGGAUAAAAGUAGGCAACAAAGCCCCUUUAUCUUUUCAUCGACACCGGCUAAGGGCUUGCAAAACCAACCACGGCAAAACUUCAGCAUCAAUACCACGCGCAGGUUACGACGUAUAUCUAUGAGUCCUAUAGGUCCCGUUAACGGAGGACGCCGCCGCUUAUGGCAUGCUAAUGACUCAUGUCCGAGCUCACCAGCUAUGCCAGUUACUUGGAACGAUCGUCCCGUGGAGCAAGUUCAACUUUCGAGAACACCGAACUCGCCGAUUAGCACUGAAAGUAGCUUCGUUGGUACUACUUUUAACUUCAACAUGACCAAUAACAAUGAGCAGCAAGAGAUGACAUCAACGUUUUGGGUGCGCGCUGUUGACAUCACAAUUUCUCUGGAAAUCUUCUACAACCCACAGGCUCGCCUAAACCUACUACAUCAAAUAUUCAGCCAAAAGAGUUGUAAGAGUCGCGAUUUGAACUUUGGCAUCGAUAAUCAUAAAUUCUCCAUACGUAAUUCAAUUGAAAAGGCGGACAUCUCAACGCGUCUACCCCCAGUCAAAGGCUGUUCACAUUAUUGGUUCUCCGCCGGCGAACUCGCUGUGCCAUUCAAGGGUAAAAGUUUGGCAUCUGAAAAGAUUCGACGUUUUUUCAAUUUCAUAAAAGAUUCGAUGACAGAUAACCAGCAGCUACGCUUUGGAGUCGAUGACUAUGAAUUUUCUAAGGUGCCUGAAUACAAAGAAAACAGCCACAAAUUUUCAGACGACAGUAACUGCAGCAAACUUGCUGCCCUACAUGGUAACAGUAAUGGGGUGGAGAAACAUAGUCGUAAUUUGAACUGUUUAAAAGCACGCAACCUCAAUUUCUCCGAAAGUGAUUCAAAAAUACAUCCUCAAAAUGUAGGCCUUACACCGAAAUCGUCCUGCGGUACCAAGAAUUUAGACUUGCCCUCAGAGAACAGUCGGAAUAUGACUUUGUCACGCAACAGCAAUGCGACUGGAAAUGAAAGUUGCCACAAUGAAAAAUUUAAUAUCGAAACCUUGGAAAAACAAAAAUUUAGAUGUCAAGAAAGACGAGAUGCAUCUCACAGUAAUGAUAUCAGAAAUGAUAAAAUAUCUACAGAAAAUAAAUACUGAUUUAGAAAAACGAUUUGUAUUUGAAAAAAAAAAAAAACGCAUGAAAAUCUAAUCAGUGCCAUCAGCAGUCUUGUAAGCGAGUUUCACGGAAUGCAGCAAGGAACAGUUGGAGGGUUUUAUGUUCUCUCUAAAACAGUAAGCCCAUAUACGAUCAAUGAGUUGGACGCAUUAGUACAUCACCAUCAAGAAGAACAAGAACAAGACUAAUAAUGAACUGGCAUUGACUAAAGUCAACGAGCAACGUGGCAACGAGCUGAAAAAGCCUUAAAUAUCGAUGCUAAAUUUCUUCCAGAUUUUAAAUCUUGUACUUUGCCUGUUGCUAAACAUUCAUUGUAAAAAAUAAAAAUUAAAAAAAAAAUAUUGCCUUUCAAAGGCUGAAAGCGAGUAAUUUGCA